AUGCUACCCAUUGAGUCAAAGAAAGAAAAACAAAAAGAAAUUAUACUCAGUCUUCACUGGGCUUGCACAACCGGGAAUGUUGGCCUUGUGAAAUUUGCUUUAGACCAUGGUGUACCAAUAGACUCAGUAGUCAAUGGAUUUGUACCCUUACAACUGGCAUGCAUUAGUGAUAACAACAUUGCUGUCGUUCAGUAUCUCAUUGAUAGAGGCGCAGAUGUGAAUAUCCAAAAGUGGUCUAAAAAGCAUAGUAUGGAUAAAUCUCAAGCUGUUCAUGGUGCCACAGGCUCUACAGCGCUUCAUGUCGCUUGCGCGAAUGGAUGCACCAGAAUUGUAGACCUUUUACUUCGAAACAAUGCGCGUGCUGAUGCAAAAGACAAGUAUGGCUCGACUCCUCUCAGUAUAGCUCAAGCAAAAAAUGAAGUUGAGAUUAUCAAGUUAUUGAAAGCAGCCAAAAAGAAACACAGGAAAUCCUUAGAUGCAAACAUCAUGACGCAUAAAAGAACACCUUCUGAUAAAUUAGUACGUAUCCGAAGACCGAGCCUACCUUCCAUUUUUGAGGGACCACCUUCUUUCAUCAGUAUGACACCAGUGACUCCAUCCGAGCCGCCCUCAAGGCGGAGUUUUACGUCAACGCACAGACCAUCCUCUGAAGACUUGCAUGCCCAUUCCUGUCCUGUUACACCAAGAACAUCCAUAGACCAACUUAACAACAAUACCAAACAAAAACACAAGCGUGAAAAGUUUUCUCAUUCCUCUGAAGAACUCUCUGAUUCUCCUCAAACAACUUCUCUCUUUCAAUUAGGUAUGCAUUCAGAUGGUUCAUCUUCAGCCAUCACGACAGACAGUCACACCGAUUGGUAUGGUUAUGGUAUAGUGAAUCCCUAUCACGAAGAGAAUUACUUGCAAUCACUCGAGAAAAGAGCGUUUAAUUUGGAAAGAAAUCAUAGCGGACAUGCUCAAGAAGUCUUUAAGCAGUCUAUAGACCAUCAACGUCGACCAUCCAAUGAGCUUUCUGGCUCUCUUUCGCAGAAAAGUAGCUCUACAUUACAUCUUGAAGAAGACUAUGAAGAAGAAAAUGAUGACUAUGACGACGACGACGACGAUGAUGAAGAUGAUGAAGAGGAGGUAGUUUCCCCAUCUAUUAUUACUGACAAUGGAAAAGAAGCAAGCCUUAUCCAAUACCACAUUCUAAACCAAGAUACAAAGCCACAUUUGAAUCUUGUUACUACCAAAGAGACCAAGAAGGGAUGGUUAAGCAAUCUGAAUCCUUACUCCCAUGAUAACUAUCGCAAAAGUCCUAGCUUUGAUACUAUUUCUCAUUUCAAACGAAAAGGAAGUCAUAAAUCAGCAAUUCAAUUAGAACAAGAUAAAUUAUCGGAUGAAGAUAAUAAUGUACAUAUUCAACAACGCAAUGGCUUUUUUUCUCGAUGGACACCUUCUUGGCAAAGAAAGUGAAUCCAUUUUUUUUGUAGAUACAUUUCAUAUAGUAUAUAAACAUAUUUAUUAAAGUAGCAUUGAUACAAGC